AUGGCGGGCGUCAACUCGAAAACAAAAAGAAAAGAAUGGAAUUCAGAGCAUAUGGCGGAAGCUAUUAAAUUUGUAAGAGAGAAAAAGAUGGGUUACUUGAAAGCUGCAAAACACUUUGAUGUGCCUAGAUCGACUUUGUUUCGAUUAUGUCAGAAAAACGAAUUUUCUCCAGAAGAAGCUGCAGCCAAUACAUUGGGAAGGAAGACUGUAUUAGGGACAACACUUGAAAAUCUUUUGGUAGACUACAUUUUGACGAUGGAGAGCAAAUUCCAUGGUUUGACGAGAAAUGAUGUUCGAAGAAUGGCAUACAUGUUAGCAACUCGUAAUGAGUUGAAAUAUCCAUUUGGUGAGACUGGCAUGGCUGGAAAAAAAUGGCUUAAAUUAUUUCUAAAACGCCAUAAAGACAAGCUAUCAGUGAGAAGACCAACUGGCACGUCUUUUGCUAGAGCCUUUGGAUUCAGCAAAGAAAAAGUAGACUCAUUCUUUGAACUCCUCGAAGACGUCUAUUCUCAAGGAAACUAUGGUCCAAGUCGCAUAUACAACGUGGAUGAAUCUGGGCUUACCGUAGUACAGAGCAAGAUACCCCAAGUGAUUGGGUAUAAAGGAAAACGGCAGAUAGCUUCACUUACCUCGGCGGAAAGGGGUUCAUUAAUGACGAUUGUUGUUGCCAUGAACGCCACUGGUCAUUUUGUGCCUCCCUUUAUUAUAUUCCCACGCAAAAAUAUGAGUGAUCAGCUAAUGAGAGGCUGUCCCUCAGGCGCUGUUGGCAUUGCACAUCCAUCAGGGUGGAUACAAAUGAACAUAUUUACUGACUGGUUCAAACAUUUCAUAAAACAUACAAACCCUACACCGGAAUCAAAAGUAUUACUGAUCUUAGAUGGCCAUUUUUCUCACACUCGUAACAUCGACGUGAUAGAGCUUGCUAGGCAAAACAACGUAGAAAUUGUCUCCUUACCUGCUCACACAACUCACAAGCUCCAGCCACUAGAAAAAAACCUUUAUGGGCCCACUAAAAACCUAUUACAAGCUUAUUUAAAAGUGCAAACUGGUGAGAUUUCAGCAAAUGGAUUUCGUGCAACUGGCUUAUGGCCAUUGAAUAAAAAUAUUUUCUCCGCGGUCGACUAUCUUGCUGCGCAACAAGAUGCGGUUAAAGAUUGCACAGUCAAUGUUACAUCGAUGACAUCAAGUCAACAAUCUAAAGAACCUGUUGAUGAUUGUAUGCCUUUAACUGAAACUUUCACACUCAACAAAGAAACAAAUAUUGAACCUGUACUCUCAACUUCCAGACUUUCUCGCAGUGAUUUAGGAUUAGUGUCUCCAUAUGACAUCAGUCCAGUACCAAGCAAGAAACGGAAACCUUCUGCUAGAGGAAGAAAGGCAACUGUUGCAGCAGUCAUCACGUCGUCACCGUACAAGAAUGACCUUAUAGACAAAAGCAAGAAAAAAGAAGAAAAAGACAAUAAAUUGGCAAUAAACAAGAAUAAAAAACAGAACGAGAAGAAAUCAAAAGGAAAAAAACCAAAAGAGAAGACUAAGCCUAAGUCAGAUUCAGAUGAUGAGGAGGUGGGGGUAGGGGGUGGGUUUGAGAGCUCCGGUCAGUCAGAGAUAAGAAAACUGUUUCAACGUGCUACGGACGAGCGAGGUGCUUGCGAGGAAGGGAGAGGCAUGCAUUCGGUCGGCGGCGCUUGUUCGGCGCAUUCCGCUUUGCGAGUUCGUCGAGUGUGGGUGGAUAAUAUUGGCAUUGGCAAGCUACCAAGCUACCAUUCUAGGCGCCAAGAACGUGUGCCGGUCACCAGUUGGAAAAAGCAAGCCUUCCAAGAUUGGCUAUCUUCAAAAGAAAUAACAUUUGAAGUUAAGGAGACGAAAUCAGAAUUACUAGAAAAAGUUAAAAAUGUGGAGGAAAGAUACCAAUCCUACGUGACCGACGAAAUGGCUAAACAGUCUGGGAUUGAAGUUUUACGCUUACCACCCUGCCACUGCGAGCUCAAUCCGAUUGAGCUAGUCUGGGCUGAUGUAAAAGGCCAUGUGGCAAGAGAUAAUACAACUUUUAAAAUGGCUGAUGUGAAAAGGUUGCUUGAAGGACUUAAUAAUAUAAAUCAGUUAAAGUGGAAGAACUGUGUUGAACACGUAAUAAAAGAGGAACAAAAAUUAAAUAGACUGGACGACAGUAUAGAUAAAACUGUAGACAGUUUUAUAAUAAAUGUGACAGACUCGUGCACAUCAGAAAACGAUUGGGAAACUGACACUGAUGAACGUGACAUCCCUGUUUAA